CGGGCGGGGUUCCCGGGGGGGGCGGAGGCGGCGCUGGCGGUUCCCGGCAUGAAGCCGGCCGUCGACGAGAUGUUCCCCGAGGGCGCCGGGCCCUACGUCGAUCUCGAUGAGGCAGGAGGCAGCACGGGGCUUCUGAUGGAUUUGGCAGCCAAUGAAAAAGCAGUUCAUGCAGAUUUCUUUAAUGAUUUUGAAGAUCUUUUUGACGAUGAUGAUAUCCAGUAAAAUAAGCUUUCCGACUGUACAAAUCAAGAUAAGCCUUUUUGUAGCCGUACCGAGGUCCCUGUUUUAUUUAUCUGAUUUCUUGAAGAUCUAAUGGAAAUCUCUUUAAAAAUCGGAACGUGACGAACAAGAAAUUAUAAACAACUCUUUACUGUCACACAAAGCUACAUGUGACUCUCUCUCUUUGAUUCAAUAAAUAGGAAAAUUCUUA